AUGCACUUCGCCAUCAUCAUCUUCGCCGCGUGCGCGGCGGUCAUGGCCUCCUUCCACGCGGCGGAGGGGCGCCGCCUGCCGGCCCCCUGGGCCGAGGGCGGCGCCAGCGAGGCGCUGGCGGGGCUGGGGCGAGAGGAGGACAAGCUGAAGGCUGUGCUGGAGCGCGAGGUGGACGAGCGCUACCGGAAAACAGGAGUGGGCCGGCGCCUGGUGGCAGGCCUUGGCGGCCUUGGUGGCGAUGGUCGUGGUCGGCCUCGUGGCGCUCCACGAGGAGGUGCUGGCCCCUCGGGCGUUCGACCCGCUCGUGGCGCGCUGAGCGGGCAGAAAAGGAGCGGCGGGGCGAGGCGAGGCGCCAGCCUGCCGCCCCAGGAGGGGCGGCCCUACGAGAGCCAUGCGGUGGCGCCAGAGCGCCAGGGGAAUGCGACCCUGCAGCUGAUCAUGUGA